CGAGAAGUUGACAUCCUAGAAGCAGUUAAGGGCCACAAAAAUGUGAUUGGCUUUUACGGGGCAUUUUACCACCCUGCCUCUGUGAAGAUGCCGGAACGUGAAGGACUGUGGAUUUCUAUGGAGCGUUGGUCUGGUGUAUCCGUGCAAGAACUCAUCAACACCAGACGCUCCCUGUCAGAGGACUGGAUUGCCUAUAUCUGCAGGGAGGUGUUACAGGGCCUGUGUCAUCUGCAUAAACAGAAGGUCAUCCAUCACGACCUGAGGCCCCAGAAUAUAAUAGUGACAUCAUCCGCUGAUGUAAAGAUCAGUAAGUGACGCUUGGAAUCUGAACAAAGGGAUAGUAUCUUCUAUCUCCAUGGUGUAUAUUGGUGGGUCCCAUUAAUAAAUGAACAUUAACAUAAAAUUCUCACUUUUUUCCUAUAAUUUCAGCCGAUUUCAGCUCUGCCACCAUGGGGACAAGCAGUGUUAGUACUUCUGGGACUAUACCAUACAUGGCCCCAGAAGUACUCAGCAACAUUAGCACCAAGACCAUCCGCUACAACUCUAAGGUAUUGUGAUGUCUUCUCUCUCGCUUUAUAUGUAACGUCACUCACUUCACAUGCCCCUCUCAUAACAGUGAAUCCAAAGCUGUAAAGUGGCUUCUGUGAUGUCUGAUGGGGAAUCUGAAGUGAAGGAGAGAAAUGCAGUCUAACUGCAGGGCACAGGGAUAUCAGAAACCAACUACAUUUGACUCUUUAUGGGGUUUUCCAACUCCUUGAGACACACUCAGUUUGGGGUCACUCAUUAGAGAUCAUCACUUCACUCCUUGAAAUGUUUCAUAUCAGUACAAAGGUCAUGCUUUGUAUUAUACAGAGAAAUCUUAA